AUGGAGAAGCUGUCAGGGAAAGACAAGGAGCUGAUACGAGGCAGCUGGGAGAGCCUGGGCAAGAACAAAGUUCCUCACGGUGUGAUCAUGUUUUCCAGACUGUUUGAGCUGGACCCUGCGCUCCUCAGUCUUUUCCACUACAGUACAAACUGUGGCUCCACACAAGACUGCCUCUCCAGCCCCGAGUUCCUGGAACAUGUCACUAAGGUGAUGCUUGUGAUCGAUGCAGCAGUCAGCCACCUGGACGACCUUCACUCCUUGGAGGAUUUUCUGCUCAACCUUGGGAGGAAGCAUCAGGCAGUGGGAGUCAACACACAGUCAUUUGCUGUGGUGGGUGAGUCCCUUCUCUACAUGCUGCAGUGCAGUCUGGGCCAGGCCUACACGGCGCCUCUGCGUCAAGCCUGGCUCAACAUGUACAGCAUUGUCGUGGCAGCCAUGAGCCGAGGGUGGGCCAAGAAUGGCGAGGACAAGGCUGACUGA